AUGCCCCAAGUCUUUGCCGUCCCCGUCUUCCUCCUCGUCUUUCGCGAGGCCCUCGAGGCCGUCAUCAUCGUCUCGAUUCUGCUCGCCUUUCUGAAGCAGACCCUCGGCGGGCCCGAUGGCGAUGCUAAGGCUUACAAGAAGCUGCGACGACAGGUCUGGUUAGGCAGUCUCAUAGGCUUCUUCAUCUGCAUGGUCGUCGCAAGCGCCAUCAUCGGCGUCUUCUACACCGUCGGCCGCUCCUCCUGGUCCCAAAACGGCCUCUACUACGAGGGCGCAUUCUGCCUCUUCGGCUCCGUCAUCAUUACCAUCAUGGGUGCUGCCCUCCUCCGUGUCACCAAGAUGCAGGACAAGUGGCGCCUCAAGCUUGCCAAGGCCGUGGACAACCCCCUCCGCCUCGGCGGCCGCAAGGGUAUCGUCAAACGCUUCAUGGAGAAGUACGCCAUGUUCAUGCUCCCCUUUAUCACCGUCCUCCGCGAGGGUAUUGAGGCUGUCGUCUUCGUCGCCGGCGUCUCCUUCACUGCCCCGGCUACGGCGUUCCCUCUCCCCGUCGUUUGCGGCCUCCUCGUCGGUGGCAUCGUCGGUUACAUCCUCUACCGUGGUGGUACUGGCACCAAGCUUCAGCUGUUCCUUGUCGUCUCUACCUGCCUGCUCUACCUUGUCGCCGCCGGUCUCUUCUCCCGUGGCGUCUGGGCCUUCGAGUCGGCCGAGUGGAACAAGGUCGUCGGCGGCGACGCCGCCGAAGUUGGCAACGGACCCGGCUCUUAUGAUAUUGACCGAAGCGUCUGGCACGUCAACUGCUGCGGCCCAGAAGCGCCUGGCUCCGAGGCUUGGGGUAUCCUCAACGCCAUCUUUGGCUGGACCAACUCGGCCACCUACGGUUCCGUCAUCUCCUACAACAUCUAUUGGAUCUUUGUUAUCGCCGCUUUCAUCAUCAUGCGCUUCCACGAGUCCACCGGCCACUACCCCUUCAUGAAGGCCAAGGCCAAGACGUCCGACUCGGACAGCGACCACAACAGCACCAGCGCCGACAGCCAUGGUGCUGUCGAAAGCAAGGCGCCUGUUCGUGAGAAGACCACGGCUGCUGCUUCUGAGUAG